UAGAUCUGGGCUCAUAAAUCCCUGCCACGACCACUGCAGCCAUGAAGUUAAAAGAGGCUUUCCUUUCCCUGGAAAGGAAGCGGUGGCAACCCUGGAGAGCGCACAAGCCUUGUUGACAAAGGCCUACGCAGUCCAAGCUAUGGUUUUUCCAGUAGCAAUGUAUGGCCGGGACGGCUGGCCAAUAAGUAAGACUGAACACGCAGAAUCGAUCUCUCGGGCAGCCAGAACAGUCAAUAUUUAAAGAAGUUAAUUCAGACUACUCAGUGGAAGGAAAAAUACUCAAAUGCCCUGGCCACAUCCUGAGAAGAGAGGACUCGCUGGAAAAGGCCCCGAAGUUGGGAAAGAUUGAAAGCACAAGAAGAAGGGUAUGGCCCAGGAUAUGUGGCUCUAUCUGGCUGUCCUCGUUGGUCUCUACUUUCUCUUUCGCUGGCUCCGGGAGAGACAGGUGGUGAGUAACCUUGGGGACAAAUAUGUCUUCAUUACUGGCUGUGACUCUGGAUUUGGGAACCUGCUGGCCAAGCAGCUGGACCUUCGAGGCCUGAGGGUGCUGGCGGCCUGUUUGUCGGAGGAAGGGGCACAGCGGCUGAGGCGGGCGACUUCAGAGAGGGUAGAAACAGUGAUCCUGGAUGUAACCAAGACUGAGAGCAUCACCGCUGCUGCCCAGUGGGUGAAGGAACGAGUGGGAAAUAAAGGGCUCUGGGGCCUCGUCAAUAAUGCUGGCAUCUCCAUGCCCACUGCCCCCAACGACUGGCUGACCAAAGAAGACUUCCUGCGAGUGAUAAAUGUGAACCUGAUCGGGCUGAUCGAGGUGACGCUGAGUCUGCUGUCCUUGGUGAGGAAGGCCAAGGGCAGGAUCGUCAAUGUAUCCAGCAUCAUGGGCCGCUUGUCUCUCUUUGGAGGCGGCUACUGCAUUUCUAAGUAUGGCGUAGAAGCUUUCUCUGACAGUCUCAGGCGGGAACUCUACCACUCUGGGGUGAGGAUCGCCAUGAUUGAGCCUGGCUUCUUCAAGACCAACAUCACCAACUUGGAGCUUUUCAAGGAGAACUUCCAGUCCUUGUGGGAGCAACUGGACCCUGAAGUCAGGCAGCACUACGGCCAGAAGUUUUUUGAUGCCUACAUGCGUUCUACGGUGGACAUGCAGGCUCUGUGCAAAGAAGACCUGUCCCUGGUGACCAACUGCAUGCAGCACGCCUUGACCUCUCGCCAUCCGCGCAGCCGGUACUCGGCGGGCUGGGACGCCAAGCUGUUCUACCUCCCUUGUCGUAUUUUCCCCUUGUCGUAUUUGCCCACCGCCCUCGCCGACUUCCUUAUCAUGUGGAAUUACCCCAAGCCUUCCCCCACCCGCUGAGGCCCGCAGGGAAAGCUCUUUAUACCGUAGGGGACUGAGGUCCCGCGAGAACACCCCUGGGGCCGCCUUUGCGGGGCGCCCCUCGUGUUCUAGGCCCUGGGGGGAAUGGGAAGAUGCGGGUGACCUGGCUUCUGCUCUCGGGAAUAAACAAAUAAAAAGGCAUUUAUUCAA